AUGGAAGAUAUCACAACUCCCUGGCGUGCUCCGUCUCAGCCAAAGUAUGUAUUUCAGAGGGCCAAUCUUGUCGAUCCAGCCAAGGGUAUCAUCAUCGAAAACGCGACCAUCUUCCUUUCCGGGGGCGUCGUGGUGUCCGUGAAUGGCUCACGUGAAGAGUGGGAGAACGACUCUCAAACCAUCAAGAUCGAUCUGCAAGGAAAAUAUGUGUGCCCUGGGCUGAUCGACUGUCACGUCCACAUGGCUGCUGUGCCACGAGAAGGGGGCCUUCGAGCCUUGAAGGAGAUGAGCCCCGCCGUGUCCCUCUUGCGCCAACCCCAGGUGUGCAAGGCCAUGCUCGAACGAGGUUUUACAACGGUGCGAGACUGUGGGGGUGCCACGCUCGCCCUGAAAGAAGCAAUCGCGGACAACGUGUUCCCAGGUCCCCGCCUCUUCUUCGCUGGGCACGCUUUGUCUCAAAGUGGUGGGCACGGAGACAUGCGCCAGAAACACGACAGCAGUGAGUGCUGCUCUGCAAGCAUACUGAGCAUUGGGAAGGUCGUCGACGGUGUACCGGAAUGUCUCAAAUAUACCCGAGAAGAGUUGCGUCAAGGGGCUGAUUUCAUCAAGAUCAUGGGCGGCGGUGGAGUGGCCAGUCCGACAGACAAGAUCGAACACAUUCAAUUCUCCGACGAAGAAAUCAAAGCUAUCGUGACAGUGGCUUCAAAUGCGGGUACCUAUGUCACUUCUCACUCAUACACCCCUGAGUCGAUCCAGCAGGCGAUCCGACAGGGCGUGAUGGGCAUUGAGCACGGAAAUUUGAUCGACGAGGAGACAGCCAAGCUGAUGGCCGAGAAUGGAGUCUUUCUGACUCCAACCCUCAUCACAUAUGCCACCAUGGCCCAAUUUCCCAAGUUUCUGCCACCAGCAUCGGUUCGCAAGAAUCAAGAAGUGCUAGACAAGGGAUUGCAUGCCAUCCGCAUUGCGUCCGAUGCAGGAGUCACGAUUUGCUUUGGCACGGAUCUCCUGGGGGUGCUGCAUUAUGCCCAGUCCCACGAGUUCGGAUUACGCAGCAAGGUGUUGUCUUCGCCGGACAUUCUAAGAAGUGCCACGGUCAACGCCGCUCGCUUGCUCAGGCAAACAGACUUCUUGGGCCAGAUCGCUCCGGGGUUUGCGGCUGAUCUGUUGAUCUUGAAGGCUAAUCCUCUGGAGGACAUUACGGUCUUGGACCAGCCAGAUCAAAAUGUGUUGGCGACGAUAAAGGACGGCCGGGUUGUGGCGUCGCGAUGGUCGCAGCUCCAACUCGACGUCAAACGGCUUGCUAAGCUUGCAUAA